AUGCUGCAGCGAGAUCGCCAAGUGGAUUAUGAAGAAGUCGGAGUUGAAGAAGUUUAUCAGAACCUUGACAAAUACAGAAUUUCAUUUAAAUCAUACACUUCGGAAUAUCAGAACCAGCCCUCGGAUUCAACUUCAAUUGGAGCCAUUGCUUCAUCUACAGUUGGACUGUCAGAGAAUGAACCACAGCCAGGCAAUGAUAAAGGGAUUCUAUCCCUCAAAGGAUGA